AGACAUUAGACGAGGGCAUGUUAAUAAUAUCACAGAACGUUGGGACAAAUAUAAAUGCCGUGGGCACUGAAAGGCAACAGUUCGUAAUGUAAAUGGAGCACAUACCAUACACUGAAGAUGACCUGACCAUCACCACCCCCACCACCUCCACUUCCCCACACUCCUCCAGCGAAACCCACCGGAAAUCCAACCCACAAGGGGGCGGCGGGACACGUCAUCCGGUCUACAGGGGAGUACGGAAGCGGCGGUGGGGCAAAUGGGUCUCAGAAAUCCGGGAACCGCGCAAGAAGUCUCGCAUUUGGUUAGGGUCGUUCCCUGUGCCGGAGAUGGCUGCCAAGGCGUACGACGUCGCUGCUUAUUGCUUGAAAGGUCGGAAAGCGCAGCUGAACUUCCCCGACGAGCUGGAACACUUGCCGAGGCCGUCUUCGUGUACGGCGAGAGAUAUCCAAGCGGCUGCGGCCAAGGCUGCGCAUAUGAAGAGGUCUGUUAGUAGUAAGAAGAACGACGUGUUGGAGGAUAGCGGCGGUGAUGGCGAUGAUUUCUGGGGUGAGAUAGAAUUGCCGGAGCUGAUGAAUAAUGGGUGUUAUUGGAAUUCUUGUGGCUGGACGACGACGUCGUCAUCGUCGUCGUUCUCCGGCGGCGGCGAUGCCUCUUCCUGGCCCGACGGAGAUGCUACACAACAGUUCAUGGCGUGUCUGUAAAUGCAUGUGGUGGUGGUGGUGUCGACUCUUGACUCUUGAGUGGUUGGUAUUGUCCAUUUAUAUAAGCCAACUAGGUUGUGUCACUCUUUUAUGUGCUUAUAAAUACAAUAUAUAUUAUAUUUUUAGCUUUGUUA